CCAUCCUCGUGACUGACCUCACAGUGAAAUGCAGAGCAGUGGAUCAUUAGGAGAAUUGGUUCGGGGCGGUGCAGAGCGAGCACGGCACAUCCGCCACUGGAGGGAUCAAAUCUGUGCCAUCUGACGCUCAAGGAUUUAUGGGUUUAGUCAAAAUUGCUUUUCCCAGUGGGGAGAUUAAGCACUGAGGGAUGUUUACAGUGAGAGCAGAGCUGUGCAUUCUUCCUAGGCUCCAAUGCUAAAAAACUAUGUCCUCGGCUGUGUGUUCAGGAUCUUCUGCCUGUGAGGCGUGUAGAAUCUGACUGGAGGUGGUGUGCAGGGGUAUGUGCACCAUGCAGAUAGAUGCUGUAGUUCUGCUGUUCUGUGUCUGGCUAAUAGGUGCAGCCGGGAGGUCAGCUCCUCAGAGGGGUCACAAACUGGAGACCUACAAGCAAAGCAGAAUUCGGAGGGAAACGAAUGUGGUGCAAGGAGGAACGCAUAAAUCUGGCAGUCCAAUCUUCAGAAGAAGUCCUGAUAUGACAAAAUCUCCCAUGACAAAAUCAGAGCAACUAUUAAGGAUAGAUGACCAUGACUUUACAAUGAGGCCAGCAUUUGGAGGACCUCCCAUACCAGUGGGAGUAGAUGUUCAGGUGGAGAGCCUGGACACUAUCUCUGAAGUUGAUAUGGACUUCACCAUGACUCUGUAUCUGAGGCAUUACUGGAAGGAUGAGCGCCUGUCCUUUCCCAGCAGCAACAACCAAAGCAUGACCUUCGACAGCAGACUGGUGAAGAAGAUCUGGGUGCCUGACAUAUUCUUUGUUCACUCCAAAAGAUCUUUCAUCCACGACACCACCACAGACAACGUGAUGCUGCGUGUUUAUCCUGAUGGAAAUGUGCUCUACAGUUUGAGGGUAACAGUCACUGCCAUGUGCAAUAUGGACCUGAGUCGUUUUCCUCUGGACACCCAGACCUGCUCACUUGAGAUAGAGAGCUAUGCAUACACGGAUGAUGACCUCAUGUUGUACUGGAAGAAAGGAAAUGAAUCUUUGAACACAGAUGACAGGAUUUCACUUUCGCAAUUUCUCAUCCAAAAGUUUCACACAACUACAAAGCUAGCUUUCUACAGCAGCACAGGCUGGUACAACAGGCUGUACAUCCAUUUCACCCUCCGGCGACACAUUUUCUUCUUCUUGCUGCAGACGUACUUCCCUGCCACGCUGAUGGUCAUGCUGUCCUGGGUGUCCUUCUGGAUUGAUCGCAGAGCUGUGCCUGCUAGAGUACCUUUAGGUAUCACUACGGUUCUUACAAUGUCCACUAUCAUCACUGGGGUCAACGCCUCCAUGCCGCGUGUGUCCUACAUCAAAGCAGUGGACAUCUACUUAUGGGUCAGCUUUGUGUUCGUCUUCCUCUCUGUAAUAGAGUAUGCAGCAGUCAACUACCUGACCACAGUGCAGGAGCGCAGAGAGAGGAAGCUUAGAGAGAGAUUACCCUGCACAUGUGGUAUAGCAAACCCAGACGAGGACAUCAUGAUGACGACUGGCUACAGUGACAUGGACCAGAACACCACAGGGAACUAUGGGAUGCCAGAGAACGGAGGGAGGCAGGAGAGGAUGCUGGCCCAGUUCACAAUAGCAGACAGUCAGACCCCCAGGCAGGUGAAAAGCUCAAGAGGCUAUGUUAACAUCUGGAUAGACACACAUGCCAUAGACAAGUACUCAAGGGUGAUCUUUCCAGGAGCUUACACCCUCUUCAACAUCAUCUACUGGUCCAUCUACUCCUAACACAAUAAAA